CCUGACAUAUUGCAGUCGGGUCUCACAGGUCCAGCUCUUCGCACUCCUCAUGCGAUCGUCAAUAUCGAGCAGACUGGAACGAAUGAUUACUGGGGACUGCUGUCCACAUUCCCGAUCAAUCAAAUAAUCAAAGCUCGCGUUUAUGAUCUGGAAAUGAUGCUGAAGAAAGUGAUGGAGAUGGAAGCCGAAACAGGUGAAUCUGCUAAAUUCACGUGUAUCGUGAUUAAUGCAUGGUUGAUUGACAGAUCAAAUCAGAUCCUUUGA